AUGCUGGACAUGGGCUUCCUACCUAGUGUCACGGAUAUCUUUGGGUAUCUCCCAUCGCCCGAUAAGAGGCAGUCUCUUAUGUUCUCAGCUACUUGGAAUAAGGAGGUACGGAGGCUGUCGAGGAAGCUGAUGAAGCGCGAGCGGAUAACAGUGACGGUGAUGGGAAGUAACGAGACGAAGGGCAAUGAGGAUGAGCUCACAGCCAAUACACGAAUCACUCAAACUAUCGAUAUCGUACAGGACAGGAAGCCUAAGAUGAAUCGUCUGUGGUAUCAUCUUGGCAACCUUUGCCCUAACAAGGGAGUUUGGAAAGUGAUCGUGUUUGCCUUGUACAAGAAGGAGGCAGCGCAUCUGGAGAGGACCCUUCGGGACUAUUACGAUGUUGUUGGCCUCCAUGGUGACAUGACGCAGAUGGCCCGUGAGGCUUCUAUCAAGAGGUUUACGGAGGGUCAAAACCUCAUCCUGGUCGCCACUGAUGUCGCGGCUAGAGGGCUCGAUGUUAAGGACGUUACGGGAGUCAUCAAUUAUACCUUCCCAUUGGUCAUUGAAGAUUAUGUUCAUAGAAUUGGUCGUACUGGCCGAGCUGGUCGUACUGGUAAUGCUGUGACUAUCUUUAACGCUGAUGAAGAGAAGCAGU